AUGCUGGUCUCCUUGACUGUUGGCAAGGUAGAUGCCGGCGUCGCCGUGCUCCUAACCAAAGACAAUCGCCUCAUUGAAUUCCCAUCUGUUCUACUCCCGAACAAUAUUUCUUCUGGCAGCAUUGUCGAUAUCACAGUUGCGCGUAACCACGCCGCCGAGACAGCCAACGCAACAGCCUUCCAGUCCCUUCAGAAGCGCAUCCUAAACACAUACGGUGUGAAGACUCCGUCGCCGCCUAUUCUUCGUCUCCGAAAUGCUACUCAGACCUCCCUUGUCCUAGAAUGGGACCCCAUCGACCUGGCUACCGCGUCCUUGAAAUCCCUCUCCCUCUACCGCAAUAACUCCAAGGCUGGUUCCAUACCCCGCCCGCUCGAGACGCGCAGCACUAAGAUCAGUGGUCUGGCUAUUCACUCCGAGUACACAUUCCACUUGGUCUUGCGCACGACAGCCGGUACUUACCAGUCAGAGAAGUUGACAUGCCGCACGCACAAGAUGACCGAUCUAUCCGGUAUUACCGUCACUCCUGGCAUUGUGGACCCGGCGCGCAAGGAAGCAUUGGGCGAGACACUUGAACGUAUCGGUGGAAAGAUGAUUGACUCCGUACGCAUUGAUACCACCCACUUUGUUUGCACAGAGGGCCGCGGUCCUUUGUGGGAGAAGGCUGUCGAGAUGAACAUCCCCGUUGUUGUACCAGAAUGGGUCGACGCUUGUGAGUCGGAGGGUACUAUUGCAGGUGUCCGUGGAUACUACCUCAAUGCGGAUCCCAAGGCCCGUCAACUUAAUGUUAUUCAUGGCUCUUCGCAUCAGCGCACUACUUCGACUAUGUCCGCGGCUACGACUACCCAGGGUAGACCUAGCACUCAGCCGCAGCGCACUGAACAACCUCAACCUGCUGCUGAGCCGCCUCUGACGCCUUUCCCUGGUGGGGAAACUAGUAUUCAACCACAAGCGCAAACACAAGAGGUUAGCUCAGAGGAUGAUGAUGUUGCGCCCCCACCUCCGCCAAAGGACGAGUCCGAAACCCCCGAGGAAUCUCCUCAGCAGAACGGUGAUGCUGAGCCUGUUCCGGUGUCUGAAGAGAAGCCUUUGGAUGCAGAUGAUGCAGAACCCAAGGCAGAUGAUGCAGAACCCAAGGCAGAUGAUGGUAAAGAGGAUAAUAAAGAGACUACACUACCACAAAACAGACCUGACGAAGAGCCCGAGUCACAGGAUGAGAAAAGUAAGGGUAAAGGCAAAGAGGGCGAAGGCGAUUUUAGUGAGGUGACUCUUUAG